CAAUCACACACUUCGGUCGGUGCGCUCCAAGAUGGCGGCUUCCAGUGCCCUGCAUCAUACAUCAUCGCAUUUGAAAGCUAAAUAUUACUAUCUCCCGGUCGCCUAAACUCACGAGGAGGCAGAGCAGAAGAAGCCGAAGCCAGUGAAACGCGGAAACGGUUUCCCCAUGCUUUGUUCGCGAGAGGAGCCGGUUUCGGUGUCGGACUAAAGGGGGUUGUGUUAUCCGAGUAUGGCCACCGACAACAGGAUCAAUUUUUGGAGGAGAAACGCAAAGGUUCCCGGAAGUGUACAGCCAGUUUAUGGAGCACAGCAUCCACCUCUCGACCCACGAUUGCGACGCACGUAUCCCAAAGACAUAAAGCCCAAGUUCAACAAUCUCAAGUCUAAAAAGGCCUCUAGCUUCCAUGAGUUUGCGCGCAGCACCAACGAUGCAUGGGACAUUGACGAUGAGGAGGACGAGGAUUUUCUCGGGACCCACGCUCCAAUUUCAUCCUUGCCAUCAGGCCUGCACUCCACAUCCAUGCAGAACCAGCAGCAGCAGAACCAGGCAGGUGUCACAGAAACUGGGGUGUCACACAGGCUGCCAGCUCCCAGGACAGAAGCUCAAAACCUCCAGGAUGCGCAGGAGGAGGACACGGACUGCGAGCACGUCAACGGCAAGGUUGUCAAGUCCAGUAGUGACGCCCACCUCAACGCGUCCUCAGUUCGCUCCACGCUGCAGAAGCAGCACACUCUCCCAGUUCGUCCCAUCAUCCCACUUGUUGCUCGCAUCUCAGACCAGAACGCAUCGGGGGCACCACCCAUGACCGUGCGGGAAAAGAACCGUCUAGACAAAUUUAAACAGCUGCUGGCUAGUCCCAACACCGACCUGGAGGAGCUCCGGAAGCACAGCUGGUCGGGCAUACCAAGAGAAGUCCGGCCAAUCACGUGGAGACUUCUCUCUGGCUACCUGCCGGCCAACAAGGAGCGCAGAGAGCUGGUGCUAAAAAGAAAGCGAGAAGAAUACUUUGGCUUCAUAGAACAGUAUUACCAUUCCAGAACAGACGAGCACUAUAAAGACACAUACAGACAGAUCCACAUCGACAUUCCAAGAACCAACCCUCUGAUUCCUUUGUUCCAGCAGCCCGUAGUACAAGAGGUGUUUGAGCGUAUUCUCUUUAUCUGGGCCAUCCGUCACCCAGCCAGUGGUUACGUCCAGGGAAUCAACGAUCUGGUCACACCCUUCUUUGUCGUCUUCCUGUCUGAGUUUGUCACGGAGGAUGUUGAGAACUUUGAUGUGGCAGCGCUGCCUUUGGAUACCCAGAGAAACAUCGAAGCUGACAGCUUCUGGUGUAUGAGCAAGCUGCUGGAUGGAAUACAGGACAACUACACCUUUGCUCAGCCUGGAAUCCAAAACAAAGUGAAAGCUUUAGAGGAGCUGGUCAGCAGGAUAGAUGAGGACAUUCACAAUCAUUUCAAGAAAUAUGAGGUGGAGUACCUGCAGUUUGCUUUCCGGUGGAUGAACAAUCUGCUAAUGAGGGAGCUGCCACUUCGUUGCACUAUCCGUCUCUGGGACACCUAUCAGGCUGAAGCAGAGGGUUUCUCCCACUUCCACCUCUACGUCUGUGCUGCUUUCCUCAUUGAGUGGCGCAAAGAAAUCCUCUCCAUGGUUGACUUUCAGGGCCUUCUUAUGCUACUUCAGAACUUACCUACAAUCCACUGGGGUAACGAGGAAGUGGGUCUCCUCCUGGCUGAAGCUUACAGACUAAAGUACAUGUUUGCAGACGCACCCAGCCACUACAAGAGAUAGACCCCAGGCUGAGUGCCUUUACCCGACUAUGACUGGAUGGACCCACAGCAUCUCAAUAUGCUCCAGACUGCAAGUGAGGUAACCUGGAGAAGACUUAUUCAAGCACAGCUCCAGGACACCUGCAGGAUGUUAUCUCAGAGCCACAAAUCGUAAUCCUGUGAAAGUGAAGUCCAGUGAAUAUCACAUUGGAUUUGGGUUUAUGGUGUACCUGUAAAGCGCAGUGAAUAUGAGACUAUUUGCAGUCAACGUACUGCACUGUAUCAAAGGACUGUUACAGUAUAAAAAAAAAACAUAGCUAUGCCAUCUUGGUUUACUUUUAUUGUUUUUGGUCAUGCACCAUUGAUUGGUGCAGUGAAAUGUAAACUCAGAAGAACUUGCUGUAUUAUAAAGGAAUGAUGAAUGUUUGUGAAAUCAUCCUUUUAGUCAAAGAUGAUAUCUACAGUUUUUUUUCCAGAUUUGUUUUAGUAGUUGUUUUACAAGGGGAAAAUAUCAGGCAAUACUUUGUCAUUUUCUCUUUUAAAAUGUAUUUAGUCCGACACUGUCAAGCUGUGGGUUACCAAAUCUGCACUGUACAAUCAACUUAUAAAAGUCCUUAGUUUGGACUUGAAUCAGCCAGUUUAAUUGGCACUGACCCAAGAGUAGCAGAUAGUACAAGAUUCUGUGUUUUAUUUCAGGCUGUUUAGGUUAAAUGUAGAGGAGCUGAUUUUGUGUAGCCAUUGCGAUGAGACUCUUGGGUAUAGCUCAUAUAUAUCAACAGAGGUAAAAUGUGAAGUUGGAGACCUUCUGGUUAAUGUAGCUUUGAAAUUCCCCUGUUUUAUUUUAAUUAGAUUGUGGUGCAUAUUAAAGCGGCAGUAGGUAACUUUUAUAAAAAUAACUUUUUGUCAUAUUUGCUGAAACUUUCACUAUAUCCUGACUGUAGUACAUGAGACGGAUAAACUGUGAAAAAAUCAGGUUCCUCUGACUCCUCCUAGUGCUCCUAAUGGCAUUUAUAAGAAUCCACUGGGCCUGAACGAAAACCACUAAUCAGAGGACUAGGAGGAGCCAGAGGAACCAGAUUUCUUCACAGAUUAUCUGUCUCAUGUACUACUGUCAGGAUAUAGUGAAAGUUUCAGCACAUAUGACAAAAACGUAUUUUUAUAAAAGUUACUAUUGCAGCUUUAACACUCUGAUGGCAGCACGGUGAUUAAGCGCUGUCUCCUCACAGCAAGAUGCACCUGGGUUUGAAUCCUGGUUGGGACAGCCCUGCGUGGGUCUCCUCUGGGUGCUCUGGUUUCCCACUCCAUCAAAAACAUGUUUUGUUUGGUUCCCCUGUCAGUAACCUUGACUAAGACACUGGCGUAGAACUGACAGCGUACAGUGGCUGCCCACUGCUCCUAGAAUGGAUGAAAUGCAGAGAGCGAACUUCCCUCCGGGGGAUCGGUAAAGGGAUAACUUCACUAUAACUGGCACAAAAUGAGAUCAGUAAGAACUGGUCUGUUUUGGACUGAGUGUUGAUUUUAGCAAACAUCUGUUUAUUAUGCAUAACUAUGAGAGUAGUAUCUUAUAAAUUAUGUUAUAAUCUAUGAAGUAUCUAAUUAGAUACCUGUGGUCACUGUAAAAACUGCAUAUGCAUAAAAAAAUAGUUGAAUUGUUUGAUUCCUCAGUUUAGAAUAAUUUUAAUAAUUGUUGAUGGGCUUGAAGAUAUUUUUAAAAUGAAAUUUUCUGUGCUUGCCGGUACUGAAGGACGUUUAGUCACACCAUCCUACUUGAGACAGUCCUGUGGACACAGUGCAGCUCACAAUGUAUGACAAUGCCUUUGCAUUUGUAAUGUACUCCUGUCUUUUAAAAUGUAUAUGGAUAAAUGCUUUGUUAUCAUUAUUGCUUGUGUUUUGUAUUUGUCUAAGGUUCAGGUUAGGUUUAUUAUUCUGUCUGAGACUUUUUCCAGUCUGUGACCUGAUCCAAGAAACAUUUGUAACAGCAUUGUUUUUUGUUUUUUGGGUGGGGUGUGAAUAUGUGUGUUACUACUCAUCUACCUUCAUUACCAGUGCUAAUUAUAACACAGUGUAUGUUUGAAAGAUAUGACAAUCAUGAGCCUUUGGUACUUUGGUUUCCCUAUUAGAUGAAUUGAACCAAACACUGUUGCAGAGUUUAAAAUCCGGAUUUAAUGCAACCUAGAUUCUUGGCUAUUACCCUGGUUAACCAUCUCUCAUGGUUAGAAUAAGUCUUAAUAUUAUCAUCAUCCAGGAAUUAUAUAUAAAUAUAAUGUCAUGAAGGUCCUCUAUGGCAUUAUAUUCAUUGGAGUAAAUCUUAAAUAUUAUGGUACGUAAAUUGAGUCUGUGAAAUAGAUCAUUAUAAUUUUUGGAAACAUCUAACACUGUUAUAUACCUUUUAAAGGUUUAUUAAUUUCAGUUAAGCAGCAUAUAAUCUCCUUUAAACCCAUCUGAAACAUUUUGAAUGUGUUUGUGAGUGUAACAGUAUGCCUCUAGCCUUAAAGUAGGUCUUCUUCAUUCAGGUGCGCCAACUGAUUGUGUCACUACUGAAAUGCUUUUGUUCACUCCAUGCUGUUUUUAUCUGAAGGUCGUAUGUCCUCAAAAUGUGAUGUUAGUAACUAAAGGCUGACAAAGUGAAAACUUGUUGAUUUUUUUCAAAAGUGUUCAUGCUGUUUCAACAAUAAUAUGCCAAAUUUAUUGGGCCAAUAUAAUCUGUUUUAGAGUGCUUCAGUAGUCAGUGCUGGCUUCAGCAUAAAAUUAAGAAUACUUAAAUUAUUACAGUAACUGCUGUAUAUUCACUUUUUGUUUAUAUUAAACUAUUGUUAUUCUUUA